GCGGCGGCCGCCAUUGCGACAUAUGUGUGUGACAAGUCAUGACAUUUAUGUACAAGAUUUAUGAAAAAAUCCAAUGGCAGAUUCAUUCUUUGGGUUCGAUACUUCAUUAUCGAACUUAAAUGACGACGAAGGUUGCGCAGAACCCUCAGAGGACGAAUACGAUGCGUUGAACGAUGAGACAUUCGGCCAUGGAUCCGACGAAUAUGACUGGGAGUUGGAACAUGAGCACCUCGCCGGACAGCUCGAGAGCAGUCGACGCCAGAACAGCGGCAUCGACGAGAUUGCCAACUCACAGCUCGAGCUGUCACUGUCGCAGCUAGUUUUGGACGAUACGGACGCGCCGCAGUCCGGGUCGCUCGGCUCCAGCGUUUGGAGAAACGAUGCACCCUUCCCAGGACCGCCGGCCCCGGCGCCGCUCAAGAAUGUAUGCACGGUCGAGGAGUUGGAGCGGCAGCUGCGUCACGCGCAGUCGCAACCCAUGCAACAGCACUCCUCGCAGCAGCCGUACAACUCGCAGAACUACUACCAGCCAAGGUUUCCGGUGAUACUACAAAGACCUCCAGGCUUACAAGCGCCCGUAUUAGUACCGUUCGUAUCCCAGCAGCACAACAUGAACCAACCAAUGAACACAAUGCUCAGUCAGAACAAUCAAAUUCCGCAAAACAAUCAAAUGAUGAGCAAUCAAAUGGGCCAAAACCAGUUUAUGCAGAACAACCAGAUUGGACAGUUUCAGAACAGUCAAAUGGGAACGAAUUUAGGGCCUAAUGUACACCAGAUGAGACAAAACAUGAAAAUGAAUCAAAUGGGUCCAAAGAAACCUAUGCCACAGAACUUAAACCAGAUGAGCCAAAACGUUAAUCAAAUGCCCAAAAAUAUGACACAAAUGGGACAGAAUAUCGCCCAACCACAUCCUCAAAUUAAUCAGAACAUCCCGCAAAUGAAUCCGAACAUAAAUCAAAUGAACCUGUCUCAGAUGCCGCAUAAUUACAAUCACAUGAACCAAAAUUCUAGCCAAAUGGGUCCAGGUAUGAAUCAGAUUGGCCCAAACACAAACCACAUGGGACCAGGUAUAGGCCAAAUAUCCCAACCGAUUAACAAACUAGGUUCAAACGUUAACCAAAUGACGCCCAACAUGAAUCAAAACUCAAAUCAUAUAAAUCAAAUGAUUCCCAAUUUGAACAAAAUGCCUCCCAAUUCUCAGUUGGCUCAAAAUUCAAACCAAUUAAGCUCUAACACAAAACCGAUGGGUCAAAACGUAAAUCAAAUGAUGAACGGUAAUCAGUUUGGCCAAAUGAAUCAGUUCCCGCAUAUGAUGGGCCAACCUCGCAUGAUGGGGCCUCCACCUGGUAUCAAUAUGCCCAGGCAAAACUACAACCAGCAGAACGUUGGACAGUUUAAUUCCAACAUUCGAGGGCCGACACUGAAGAAUGAAUCGCAGCAAGUGCCCACUCAACAAUACAAUCAGAUCGCGAACAAAAUGAGCCAGCCAGCCAAAUCAGUAUCCCCGCAGAGGCUAAAGAAAACCGAAACGAAACAAAAGACAAGAAUCUACAACAACACAAACUUAUCCUCGCAGAAUUUAGUUCAAAUGAUACAGAACACUCAUCCGAUACUGCAGUACAACAGCGGGUUCCAUAAUGCAUCGCACCAUCCCAUGCUGGGUCGUGGACCUCUGAACAAUCAGCUCAACCAUCCACUCUUGAAUCAGAGGCAGAACGGAACCUACAGUAACAGAGACUCUUCGCAAGACGAGGAGGUCGCCAACGAAGAUGAGUACGCUGGUCUCAUGUCGCAGAGGGAGAAGCAGUGGCUACUGAACAUACAGAUGCUGCAACUGAACACGGGGACUCCGUACAUACACGAUUAUUAUUAUACCGUCUUCUUAGAGAGGCAGGCAAAUAAAGAGAAGGAAGGCGUGAAGGAAGCUCACAAGGCCAACCAACAGAAUCAUCCCUUCUACAGCGGCAUGAAGCAAGACGGUCACCAGCACAGAGAGCGGCACAACUCCAACCGACACAACUCGACGGGCGAGGAGGCCGGGGCUCCGCGGGCCUACGUGCCGACGCAAUUCGAGAACUCGCUCGGGAAGCUGCAGUGUGGCAGCGUUACUGCCCCAAGGAAGUUGAUAGACGUGGAAGUGGUCGGUGGAGAGGUGGCACCCUCCAGGAUGUCCAGAGCUUCCAGUGUGGCGAGCACAGCCAAUCCUGCUGAAGCGCCUAGAGAGAUGAAAAGGACGAAACAAUUGCUCCUAGAUAUAGAAGCGCUGUAUCUGAUCCUGUUGAGAUUAGAAGAGCUAAACGACCCGCUGGCGAUAUCCAAUGCGUUAAUACUGAAGGAAAGAGAAGAGAAACAAAAACUAUUAGACGUAGCUCAGAAAGAACUGAACAAAGAGGACGAUGACGAUUCUAAUCUGUUCUUGAAGAAUAUAGAGUCGGUGCAGAGGAGGCCCAAACAGGAGAGCCCCAAGAACGAGAGCAUCGAUAAGAGACAGGUCGUCAACCUGGCGGUAGCCCAGAAGCCGGCACCGGUGAACCUUCUGGACGAGAACAAGGAUGACCUGAUCAGCAAGAUGUUCGCGGGCCUGCUGCACGCCGACCGCGUGGCGCAAAUGAUGAACGUCAGGAAGGGAAGGAUGCUAAUAUCUCGCUUCGUGAGGCGAGUGGGUCCGAGUCACCCUCGCCUGCGCACGCUGUGGGGCCGCCUGCUGAGGGCGCUCACCGUCGCCCGACGUCACGACCCGACCGUCGAUCUAGCGACCCCGUACGCAGAAUACAUCCAGAGCACGACGGGCUGGUCGGCCGUGCUGGAGUCGUGCAGCGUUCUGUCCGAAGCGUUGGAUCCCGCUCGCACGCCUCACGCUCUGUCGUCAUCUUUUACGCUCUCGGCCAUCUGCGCUCUAGUACUGAAAGCGUCUACCCUGGUGAGCACGGGUGAGCCCUCCGCCGGCGAGCGCCAGUGGGCCAAGUUCCUGCGCACGGCGGCCCGCGCCCUCCGCGCCGCACCGCCAGGCCCCCGCCCCGCGCGCCCCCUGCCCGAGCCCCGCCUGCGCCGCCACCUCCGCCAGCUCGAGGCGCGCGGGCCCGUCGAGAUCCUGCAGCGCGGCCAGGCGCCCAACCUCGUCGACAUGACGAAGCAAGAGAUGCACGAGCUGCUCGUGAAGCAUCUGUGCUGAUGUCCGCGGGCCGAGCCUCGACAGAAGUGUAACUUCUCGGGCUGCAGAAGUGUAACUUCUCGGGUCGGGCAUGCGGAGCUCAGAGCUUUAGUGCGGCGCUUAUGAAGCUCCUGAGCGACGAAACGUUUUACUAAACGAGAAGACACGUUUUUUUACUAAUUAACUUUUAAUUUGUUUUCUUAAUUUUUAUAUGUAGAGUACGUAAUUGUAAAUAUAUAUUCAUAUAUAUAUAAAAGAAAGAAUGACAGCAAAAUCGAUGCAAAAUUAUUGUUUAUUUUUCUACAGGCGGCUACAUAUUUCUUAUUCUGUGUUGCCAACGGUCGAGCGAUUGGUUAUUGUUAUGCUUUUAAAUUGUAAAGAUUAAAACGGACAGUUAUAUAGUAUAUGAUCUGGUUAUCGGGAGCUGACAUUUUUUAUUUUAUUUUAUUGUCACGAUGUCGAGGGGUGAAAGGCUGUUUUUGUUUACGUGACAUUUAUCUUUGUAAUUAAAGAUGCGUUUUA